GUGUCAGAGAAGUAUUUAGGGACAGGCCAAACAGGCAGUCUUCACUCCCAGAAUUCAGUCUCUCCGGUCAGCGCUCUGAGGAACAACAGCCAAAUCUAAAAAUGAGACUGCUUGUCGCCAUUUCCGUGCUGGUCCUUGUGCUGGCUGCACACUCUGAUGCCCAGGAGGCUGAAGCAACGAUCGAGCAGCGCUUUACCCAGUUCCAGCAGCAGAUGCAGACUCUGACGGACGACAUUACUGAGAAGACCAAGACCGCCCUGGAGCAGUUCCACACCAGCGAAUUUGCCACCAAGACCAAGAACUUCUUCACUGAGCAGUUUGAGAAGAUCAAGGCGAAGAUGGAAGAGACCUUCCCCAAUCAGAACUAAGGGCCUACCCCAUAAA